AUGUCUGUGGCUCAGAGAAGAGUGUCCAGGGCCGAGUGUACUAACUGUACAUGUUCGCCUGGCUUGUUAUCGAGGAACAGAAGAUCGUCUACUUUUGCUAAGAGAAUCUCUAUCAAGAGGUUCAACUCCCAGCUGGGUUCCCCUAAGGGUUCCCGUAAGGGCUCCGUCUACACUAUCGACGCUGCUUCUUUGUGUGUACCUGAGGUGAAGGAGGUGAACACCUCGCUUAGGUUGGAGAAGCUCAGGAAGUUGAUGGCCGAGAACGACUUGGGCGUUUACGUGGUGCCUUCUGAAGACCAGCACCAGUCCGAAUACGUCGCUCCUGUUGACCAGAAGCGUGCUUUCAUUUCUGGCUUUUCUGGAAGUGCCGGUGUAGCUGUUGUCACCAGAGAUGUGAACAGUUUUGGUGACGUUCCUGAGGGUUCGGCUGCCUUGGCUACUGACGGCAGAUACUUCACUCAGGCUACCAACGAAUUGGACUUCAACUGGACUUUGUUGAAACAAGGCUUGAAGGAUGUGCCUUCUUGGGAAAAAUGGGCCGUUCAGCAAGCUAUUCAGUUAUCGCUGGAUUCAGGCAAGUUAGUGAAGAUCGGUGUCGACCCCAAGUUGAUUAGUUUCCUGACAUUUGACAAGAUUACCAAGACCAUCGAAGAAGAACUGAAGAAGAAUACUGAAGCUAAUGUUGAGCUUGUUCCCAACAUUAUCAAGGUUCUCGACAAAAAAUACGCUGGUGAAGACGUCAAGUCUAAAAUUGCUAAAGUUAUUGAAGCGAUUAAAGAAAAUUCAUCUGAUGGAAUUGUUAUCAGUGCAUUAGACGAAAUCGCUUGGCUCUUGAAUUUGAGAGGAAGCGACAUCCAGUAUAAUCCCGUUUUCUACAGUUAUGUUAUCAUCGAUGCCGACAAAAAGACAGUUACCCUUUACGCCAACAACAAGAAAUUUGACACGCCCGUCAGCCUGCAUUUGGAGAGCAAUAACGUUAAGCUCAGGCCAUACGAGGCCUUCUGGGAAGAUCUCUCCAGCUUAUCGAAGAAGUUCAAGGAAUCGAAGAAGAAGUUUUUGUUAAAUGACAGUACCGCCUCAUGGGAAAUCGUGCGUACCCUAGAUUCAGGGCAUGAAUCAGUGUCGCCAUCGCCUGUGGAAGAUCUAAAAGCCGUGAAAAAUGAAACUGAAUUGGAAGGUGCCAAAAAGGCUCACUUGAAGGAUGGAAGAGCAUUGUGUAGGUUCCUCGCUUGGCUUGAAGAUGAAAUCUCCAACAAGGUUGAGCUCAUCAACGAGAUCGAGGCAGACCAGAAGUUGUUUGAAUUCAGAUCCCAAGAAGAGAACUUUGUUGGCUUGUCCUUUGAUACUAUAAGUGCUUCCGGCGCAAAUGGUGCUAUCAUUCAUUACAAGCCAACUAAAGAAGCAUGUGCUACGAUUGAUCCCUCGAAGAUAUACCUUAACGAUUCCGGUGCUCAGUUCUUGGAAGGAACCACCGAUACGACCAGAUGCAUUCACUUUGGCAAGCCAUCCCAAGAAGAGAUUGACAAUUACACUUUGGUUUUGAAGGGUAAUAUUGCAUUGGGUAGCUUGAAGUUCCCUGAGAAGACUCCUAUCAACGAUACUGUUGCCAGACAAUACUUAUGGAAACAAGGAAAGGACUUUGGUCACGGUACUUCCCAUGGUAUUGGUGCUUACUUGAAUGUUCAUGAGGGACCAAUUGGUCUUGGACCAAGAGCCAACCCAAAGAACCUCUUGAAGGCUGGUCAUUUGAUCUCUAACGAACCAGGUUACUACGAAGAAGGCGAAUACGGUAUCCGUAUUGAAAAUGUUAUGUUUGUCAAACCAAGCGGGUUGGAAUACGCUGGUAAGAAGUUCCAUGAAUUCGAGACAGUUACAAGAGUCCCAUUCUGCCGUCGUUUGAUCAACGAGAAAUUAUUGACUAAGGACGAGAAGAAUUGGAUCAACAACUACCACGAAACGAUUUGGAAAGAUUUGAAUGCUACUUUCAUCAAGAACACCGUCGAGUGGUCUUGGUUGAAGAGAGAGACAGCCCCAUUGAAGUAA